GACCUAUCCACAAGUGCUAUGGAAUGCCUAAGCCUUGCCGCUAUAAGUAUUGGGGAUGCUAUUGUCCCUCCCGUGAUGCGGUUUUUUGAGGUUAACAUCAUAGCGCCUGAUUGGCAAAGUCGCAAGGCAGCUACGUUUGCAUUAGGUUAUAUCCUAGAAGGUCCCUGUCUUAAGAAACUUGCUCCCGUGAUCAACCCGUUGCUUGACAUGAUGAAAGACCCAAACAUGCACGUAAGAGGCACUACCGCGUGGACCCUACAACGGUUGUUUGAGCUUCGGCAUUCUCAAGCUAGUCCAAAUAGAAUCAUUACAAAUGCAAACCUUCCUCGGAUCGUGGCUGUGUUGAUAGAGAGUAGCAAAGAUGUCUCGGAAGUGUCCGAGAAAGUAUCUGGAGCUAUAUAUUUUCUUGCUCGAGGUUAUGGAGAAGAUACAAAAUCAAAGUCAAAGCCAAACUCGCCCGAGCUUUCACCUUAUGUUAGGCCUGUUAUUGACGCUCUCCUUUCUGCUACGGAACCUACCCCUUUCGGGCUUCCAGCAUGUGCAUCUGCUUAUGAAGCAUUGACUGAGAUUGUAAGAGUCAGCAACACAAGAGAAUUUGAAGCUUCCCUAGCUAUUAGAACGUUAAUGCCUAGUAUCAUGAGAAGAUUGAAUAUGGUGCUCAAUCAUGAUGGUGUAGUAAUUUCAUCAGGUGACAAGAUGAAUCGUGGCCUUCUUGAGGUUUUGUUGUGUGGUCUAGUUCAACUCAUAAUCGAGAAGAUGGGCAGCUGGGAUAUAAUCGAACGAUCUGCACUUAGGGACUCUGCUCAAUGUGUAUUGCUGCUAUUGUGUCGCGCCUUAACAAGCGAUAGUUCUAGUGCACGUGAUAAAGCAGCCCUUGCCAUUGGUGCUCUUGCUCAUUCCAUCGGUCCAGAUUUUGGGGAACACAUGCCUAUGCUCUUGCAGUAUUUUACUGUGAAGCGGCUCUCUCCAACUUAUUUAGAGGUGAUGUGUGAUAUUUGCCAUGUCUUGGGAGAUAAAGUGGCGGUGACAUGUUGUGAUCAAAUUAUGGACGUUCUUUACAAAGGCAUGUCAGAUGUCGCUCUUAUACAUUCAAUUAUGGCAUGCUUUGGAGAGAUU